AUGAAUUCAUUACUCAAAAUAUUUAUUAUUCUUAGUAUCCUAACUUAUCAAUGUGAUUCAAUUGACACUGCUUCGCUUCCACGUGAUGGAAACAACGCAGUUUUGAUAGGAAAAAAAAUUUAUUAUAUUGGUGGCAGAACAGGAUCUCCUCAAAAAGUCAAUACAUUUCUAUUGGAUUUAUCAUCAGACUUUACAGCAAAUGAGCCAAAUUUUAUUCAAGUUUUUGGACUUGAAAACCUGCCAUCACCUGUCUGGACUGCUGCUUGUCUAGGAAAAGAUAAUACUAUUUAUAUAUUUGCUGGGACUGAUGGAUCACGAUCGAAUUUACCCAAAGUAAACACAUUGUACAAGAUCAAGCCAUCAAUGUCCGAUGACGUUUCUCUUUCUUGGAUAGCAUCUUCACCAAACCAAGCAGAUACAUGGCCAAGUGCACGAGAUGGAAUAUUUCCAAUUAUCGAUAGUCUUUCAAGAAUUUUUGUAUGGGGUGGGCGUAAUGAAGGUCAAGAUAAUAAAACGAUGUAUAUAUAUGAAGGGAAUAAAUGGUCAAGCUAUAAUCUUAAUAAUGCACCGAAUCCAAGAUCAUCUUACACGGCUACAUUAUUAAAUGACGGUCGAAUUAUUUAUAUUGGUGGACUUAGUAGCAGUCCAUAUCCAGAUGUUAAUUUUUCAGAGUUAUCUACAAGUAACAAAUCGAUAAGAAAUCGAGCUUUCCAUUCGGCAAUACUUCAUAUGAAUUCCAUUUCUAUUAUUAUGUAUGGAGGGCUUUAUUAUCCUACCGAAGAAAUUCCCGAUUCUGACUCGGUGUGGGUAUUGAAUACCAAAAAUUGGGAGUGGUCCCAGCCAUCAAUUUCUAGUUUACCUUACAUGACUGUGACAAGAGGGCAUACUGCAGUUUUGUAUAAUGGAUACAUGAUUGUAGCUUUUGUGAACGGAAAUUAUUCUUAUACAUCUGAAGUAAAAGUCAUGGAUGUGGCGAAUCUAAGCUCGUUGGCCUGGGUUCCUACUUACAAAGUAAGAACAUUACCAGACGCAACUACUAAUGGUUCAACAGCUACAGUCACUUCACACAGCACAAGUACAGCUACUUCAACUGAAACCGUUGGAGACAAAUCGAAAAAUAAUCUUGGUUUAUUUCUUGGAGGUGCAGUCGCUGCUGUUUUGCUUAUCGUUGCUUCUGCGAUAUUUUUUAUGCGUCGACGUCAAUCUCCUUCUAACGCUAACAUUGUUCCAAAUUCGGAGUCUCAUGCACAUCCUGAUCCAACCAAUGAUCCAAAUUCGGAGUAUUAUGCACAUUCGAACAAUGAACCUGUUUCUGCUGAGCUUUCAACUGUUAAUUUAGUUCAGGAUCCACCUGUUAAUCAAAAUAACUCUCCUCUUCAACAAGCAAAUAUGCGACCGUAUCAACAAUAUAACCAAAAUUUAUCACCGCAUCAACAAUAUUUACCAAUGCAACAACAAUAUAAUCCGAAUUCACCAAUGCAACAACAUUAUAACCCGAAUUCACCAAUGCAACAACAUUAUAACCCGAAUUCACCAAUGCAACAACAUUAUUACCCGAAUUCACCAAUGCAACAACAUUAUAAUCCGAAUUCACCAUCAGCAAAUCAAUAUUCGACUUUAGCAGAAAUUCCACAUCGAACUUAG